GUCGGGUGUCGGCGCGGGGCGGGUCCGCAGCCCCUGCACGCGCCCGCCGCCCCCGGGAGCCGCCCGGGCCCGCCCCGCCCGCAGGGACCCGGGAUGCGGUGAGCCUGCCGGCAGCUCUGGGGGCCACAACCAUCCCCCCCAGCACCCUCUGGCUGGCUCUCCAUGCAGAGCAAAUGGACGGGAUCACCAGUGGCAGCCUCAAGAGGAAGUUUGAAGAUGCAGACGUGGGCUCAGCCGGCUCCAACUCCGACGACGAAAUCUCCAACAGCGACAGCGCCGACAGCUGCGACAGCGUCAACCCCUCCAGCUCCUCUGGCUUCAUCCCCACCUCCAUCCUCAAACGGCAGAAGCAGCUUCGGAGGAAAAAUGUUCGCUUUGACCAGGUCACUGUCUACUACUUUGCCCGACGUCAGGGUUUCACCAGUGUCCCCAGCCAGGGUGGCAGCUCCCUGGGCAUGGCCCAACGCCACAACUCCGUCCGUCGCUACACGCUCUGUGAGUUUGCUCAGGAGCAGGAGGUGAAUCACAGGGAGAUCCUCCGGGAGCACCUCAAGGAAGAGAAGCUCCACGCCAAGAAAAUGAAGCUCACCAAGAACGGGACAGUGGAGUCGGAGGAGGCUGAGAGCCUGACCCUGGAGGACGUCUCGGACGACGACAUCGACGUGGAGAACGUGGAGGUGGAUGAUUAUUUCUUCCUGCAGCCACUGCCCACCAAACGUCGCCGGGCUCUGCUCCGAGCCUCUGGUGUUCACAGGAUUGAUGCUGAGGAGAAGCAGGAGCUGCGAGCCAUCCGCCUCUCCCGGGAGGAGUGUGGCUGUGACUGUCGCCUCUACUGCGACCCAGAGGCCUGUGCCUGCAGCCAGGCAGGGAUUAAAUGUCAGGUGGAUCGGAUGUCCUUCCCCUGUGGCUGCUCCCGGGAUGGUUGUGGAAAUAUGGCUGGAAGGAUCGAAUUCAAUCCCAUCCGUGUGCGGACUCACUACCUCCACACCAUCAUGAAGCUGGAGCUGGAGAACAAACGGCAGGGAGGGCGUCCCCCUGUGCCUGAGGAGGAGGAGGCUGCCACUGCCUCUCAUGGCUCUGCUGGGGACUGGCUGGGCCCUCAGCCAGCUGAAACCCAGGACUUCCAGGAGUUCAUGGCGGAGAACGAGACGGCCGUCAUGCACCUGCAGACAGCAGAGGAGCUGGAGAGGCUGAAGGCUGAGGAAGACUCCAGCAACGGCUCCAGUGUGGAAAGCUUGGGUGUUUGCAUCCUGGAAGAGCCCCUGGCCGUGACAGAGGGGUUGUGCUCCGGCCUUGCUGCCCCAAUCCUUAUCCAGGCCCAGCUGUCUCCAGGCUCCUCCGUCCUCUGCUUCACUGACAGCCCGGAGCAAGCGGGCUCAGGGGUGGGCAACCAGCCCUACUUGAACAAUGGGCCAGUGCUCUACUACCUGGGUGCCAAGGGGGAGAGCAGCCCAGCUGAGCCACUGCUGCCAUCCUCGUCCUCCUGCCAGGGUGAGAAGGACCUCAGCGACCUCCCUGGCCCUGCGGUGACUUGCAGCCGAGCUGCCACAGCUGAGAGCAAGGGGGAAGCCCCCAAAAGUCCUCCCUGUCCUCCAGAGGCCCUGCCACCCUCCAGAGGCUGCCAAGUGGCAGCUUCUCCCUGCUGCCCACCUUCCCCAUCCCCUGGGCCACCAGAGUCAGCCCCGGAGUGGGUGCAUGAGCCACCCUCUGCUGAGGAGCACUCCCUGGGGCCUGUCCUGCCCAUCUGAGGGGUUUCUUUUCCCCCUCAGCACUCAUUUAUUUAUUGACAAUAAUAUUUUAUGGAUUGGCAGUUGCCACUGGUGGUAAUUUAAUUGCAGGGAGGGGGGGAGCUGAGGCUGCUUUGUACAGAGGAUUUUACGUGGUGUCACUCACCUGGGGCUGGGAGCUCUUUGCUUGCCCAGCUCUCCUGGGUUGAGUCCAGCAGCUUCUUCCAGGAGCUGCCCCUGUAGCCCUGCUACCAAAGCCCUUCCCCACCAACCCAGCACACUGGAAGGAACAGUUUUCAUGGUUUGGCCAAUGCUGGUGGCCUCUUGGUUGCUGUUCACACACCAGGACACGCCAGACAUGGAGCCUCCUGCUUCCCAUGGCAGCUCCUUCUCAUCCUCCAUACCCUGGGAGACUCUGCCCUCUUUAGCUUUUAGGGGAACAAGACCUUUUUUUCCAUUUUUUUUUUUUCCCCUUUUUAAUCAAUGAUCACCAGGCCCUGUCACAGCCCAGUGGCUCCAGGUGCUGCUCCUCCUGCCCUGCAGCCCUUCCCCCUGGCAUGUGGGACCAGUAUGGAUCAGGAAGGACCUGGAGCUGGUAGGAAGGCUCUCACUGGACAACAGAGGCAAGGCUGCAGCCCCCAAACUCUUCUAAAAAAUCAGGGUGGAGAUGUAAUCAGCCACUUCAGAAAACUGCAGCACACAAUGAAGAGCUCUGCCCAUCCCUCUGCUCCAUUCCAGCCUCCAGGAAAAGUCAAGGCAAUUGGCUGCCACGUCCCUGGACAGGCAGGAAAAGCACUUUCAAUCCCCAGGUAGCCCCUGGCUAUCCCCCACCCCGUGUGUCUUGCCAAAGAGGCCCCACUGAUGGUCCCUUGGGUGAGUCUCAGGGUGAUGGGGGCUGAGGGACAUUUCUGUCACCUCCCCUUCCCCCUCCUCCCUGGCUGCAUCCUCUGCCCUCACUCCAGCCAAGGGGAAGCAUCUCCCCUCCAUCCCCUGCCAGGCACCAGACUGGAUGAGCAGAGGGAGAGAAUCAAGGAGGGGGAGAGGGAGCAAAGAGCCCCAGAAAAACUCCCCAAGGAGAGUUCAACCCAACAACCCUAAAACUGCCCCUGCAGAACUGUCCCAGCUGAGGGCAGGGACACUGCUGGGGGUGACACCCCUGCUCUGCAGCUCAAAGCUCUUCUGGUGGUUGCCUCCUUCUGGCAAAAGCUGUUUCAGGGCUUCAGAGCCCCUUUGCUGCUACCCCACAGCCUGGUGAAGUGGCUUUUCCCCCCUUGUCCCCUCCCUCCCCUCCCAGGAGGGGACCCUGUUGCAGGGCAGAGGGGACAAGGUAUAUUUUUCCAACCAGUUUACUGGUUUUCCAACCAUGUUACUGGUGCACAGUACCCAGACAGCACUGAUCCCCCUGGCACUUCUCCUGGUGAUGUCCCCAUGUCCCAUCCUGGUGCCACCUCCCAGCUGCCACCAUGGCUGUGGGUUUUUUUUUCAGCUCCCACAUAAAAUAAAACAAUUCUGAGCUGCAAAAGCAGAGCAAAUUCUCACACACAAAUAUGUCCAAAUCUUUAUUUUCCCUCUUUUUUUUUUUUUAUUUUCAACAGCCCUGGUGCUCCCCCCCCUCAGCUCCAGGUCAGGACCUGCCUGGGCCAGGAUGUGGCUCCUUGGGGGAGCCCAGAGGCUCCAGGAGCUGCCAGAAUAAAACCUGAGCUGGGGGUGAGGUUGGUGCUCUCAGGAGAAGCAAAGAACUCACAGGAUUGAUUCUAUUUUUACAAAGCUGAUGCUGCUGGUGGUGGUGGUGCAAGGAAAGCACAUUUCUGCCUUCUUUCACUAUUUCUCUUUGUUUUUUCUUGCACUCACUGAGCUGAAUCCUGGUUCCUGCUCAACUUGCUGCCAUCUAAGACACCCCACACCCCUUGUCAUCUCUCUGGUGCUACCAAACUGCUGCAGGAGCCAUGACCCCACCCUGACCUGGCAUCCCCUGGACUCUGCAAUUCCCAAAACCCUUCUCAUCCUGUCUAAGGUGCAGUUAGGUUUGGGUUUUUUUUUUUUAAUUUUCCAGUGUGAAUUCAAAGCUUGUCCUCCAAAUAUAUUUUUUCCCAGCCUUUUCUGUUCCUUUCCUGGUGAUGAUGCUGUAUUUAAAGAGAAUAUUUAAGUGUAAAAA